CCGGUGAAUAGAGUUGUCAUUCGCGUGGGAAAAGUAUUACUGCCUUCAUCACUUCAUACUGACGGGCUAAAAUUCUGAUCACUGGUGCCGGAUAAGGUUACACAAAUAAAGGUGGGGAUCAAAUGGUCACGUAUUGCACCUGUUGCUAACCUAUCGAUUUUAUUUUACACAAGGGGUUAUUUCCUAAGGCGGAGUUGAUGUAACUUUUAAACUCGAAAUACGAAGUCAUGGACAAACCCAGCCUCCAGAGACUGUUUUCAGCGUGUGACAUUAAUAAAUCUGGUGUGAUUGAAUACGAAGACUUUACAGUUGUUUGUCGAGAGCUGAAUGUGCCUGAAGACGAAAUCAAAACUUUAUUCAACAAAUUCGGCGCUAGUGAAGAUGGAUGUAUUAAUUACAGCAAUUUUUCAUCACGGUUUCAAGAGGUUUCAGAAACAUUGGAUUUGGCCUCUUUUGGAGCGUCUCCUCAAAGUCAAGGGAGUCCCUGGGAAGAGUUCCAGAGCAGGAUGGACGAUGCAACCGGUCUCCUCUCAGGAAGACUGCGGGAUCAGUUGGCUGAACUGCACCAAGCCAUGUACACCUCAGAACCUUUGUUGUUGCAACAAUAUGAGGGACUUGUCGAUGCUCUUGUCAGUGAAAGCAAGGACCACAGGCUUGAGAGUGAGCAGCUGGAAACCAGUUUGAGAAGAACAGAGGAGCUGAACACCAGUCAGCUGACAGAGCUGGAGGAGGACAUGCAGCAGCAGCUUGCCUGUGUAGAGGUCAGGGUGAGAGAAGAGGAGCAUAAGAGAAUGGAGGGAGUUAUGGCGGCACUCCAGAGAAGGCAUGAGAAUGAGGUGGCAGACCUGCAUACUGUUAUGGACAGGUUGUUAAAGUUCCAAGGGGAAUCUGAACUCAACAGUUCCAGGCAGGAUGUUGACAAACUACAGAACCAAAUAAGUGAACUGACUCAGGAAAAGGAGCAGUUACGGACUUCUCUCUUCAAAGCGCAGACAAACAUAUCCAUUCUGCAGGUAGAGUUGGACAAGCUGAAGAACAUGUAUGCAGACCAGAAACUUCAGCAUGAGAGAGAAAGUGAUGAACUGAAAAAGAUGGUUAUUGAAUACCAGUCUUACUCCAGUCACAUUGAAAUUCUCCAGGCCAUGAACAAAAAGCUGUAUGACAGCAACGAUGGCUUGCGCUCUGCCUUAGUCAGCGAUGUGGCAUCGAGUAAAAGGAGGCUAUCCCCCAACAAUGAAAUCCCAGCUCGAAGAAUGAAGCCAGUUCGACAAAGCACGCUUAUAAAUUCAGAGGGAGCGCACACAACUGUAGGCUCCAGUAAAACGACCAACUCCGAUGUAGCCAGCUGGGCUGAUACAUACCCGGACAGCGGUGUGUCCUUGCCUAUGGACACUACUGAAAGCUCAGGCAGCGAGUCUGACAGUGAUGACUCUACAGAAACAGUACACCACAGUUAUUCAUAUGUGCCCUCAGACAUUGAGAUAUCAGAUGUGAAAUUGGAAGCAAGUCAGGCAACGCUGUCUGUAGCUCCCAGCAAAGCUAGUUCCAUUGCUUCAUCCAUCCGGAGACGCUUGUCUGCUUUCCCAAUGAAGCAAACAGAAGCAGACCUUGUUGACACUGGUGGCCCUGAGUGCCCUGGUCCCAUGUACCGGUUAGUUUUGGCAGGAGAUGCAGGAUCAGGGAAGUCCAGCUUUCUAUUGCGGUUGAGUCUCAAUGAGUUCAGGGGAGAUAUUCAGACGACGUUGGGAGUUGAUUUCCAAAUCAAGAAGAUGUUGGUGGAUGGAGAAAAAACAAACCUUCAGAUAUGGGAUACUGCUGGACAAGAGAGGUUCCGCAGUAUUGCCAGGUCUUAUUUCCGUAAAGCCCAUGGAGUCUUACUGCUGUAUGAUGUCACUUCUGAAAGCAGCUUCCUUAAUGUCAGAGAGUGGAUGGACCAGAUUCAGGAAUCCACGGAUGCGCAACUCCCAAUGUGUGUGAUUGGGAAUAAAGUGGACCUGCGGGAAGAUCGACCAGAGGGAAGCUGUGUCAGCACUGUUGAUGGGGAAAGGCUGGCAAGGACAUACAAUGCCCUGUUCUGUGAAACUAGUGCUAAAGAGGGAACUAAUAUAGUGGAGGCAGUACUUCACCUGGCAAGAGAAGUUAAGAAAAAUGUGAAACUGAGACGACAAUCAGAGUCACAGGUGAAGUUGAGUUUAAGCAGUUCAAAGAAAGCUCUGACCAACUGCUGCAGAGUAUAACCAUGGAGGCCCAUCACGUCACCCAAUGGAAUGCAUCUACUGACUGAAGACAAUUUUAGCACCACAGCUUUUGUCAUUGAGAACCUAUGUGAUGCAGAGCUGUUUGUGUAACAAAUCUCCGGAGAUUACUGUAGAUAUGUCUAAUUCAUAUUUUAAAUUUAAUCCAAGUAAUUGCCAACUCCUGAAAGGUAAUUGUCCUUAACGUGGCACAUAACUGAUCUGGAGCAUGUAGAUCUCCAGAGAUGUUAAAUGAAUGUAUUUGAAUGGGAUGUGUACGGCACCUAAAUAGUUAGCAUGGAUCUGUUGUACACAUCAGGAAUUUACUGUAUUCAGAAAGGCUCAGUUGAAACUACAAGGCUAAUGCUGUGGUUAGAAACAUGCAGAAAUUAGUACAUUUUGAAAUGAGGUGGUUUCUGUAUUUAUGUCAGCUGAUUUUAUUUGUUUUAAUUGAAUAAACUUUCUGUACAGAGGUGUGUGGUAUAAUUUGUUAGAUUAAAGUUCCCCAGAUUGAAUCUUUCA